AUGGCAUCCCCACUCUUGGUGUUUUCAUCAUCGAUGCCAACGACGAUACCCUCAGUAAUUUUUGGAAUUUUAUUCUUUCUCAUGACUAUACUUCAUUUGUAUCGAAUAAUACAAUAUCGACGACAAAUAUAUGUAUACUUAUUUACAUUCAGUUGUUCUCGCACGGUGGUAUAUUGCAUUCGUAUUGUAUGGUCUCUCAACGUAGAUGUUGAUGAGUUAGGGCUAGUUUCCGGAUUUAUAUUAUGCGGAUUUGAAUUUUUCGUUAUAAUGGGUAUUUAUACAUUACUCACAGAUUGGGUUCGUUUAAUUACAAAGUCGCAAUCAGAUUCAUCAGGUUCAUCAAAAGGAAAAUUAUUUAUGGAAAUUCUUUUAGUUAACAUAACAAAAAUUGUGUUGCCAGUUUGUGGAGUUUUGGGCGCUGUUCAGGUCAUCCAAGAAUAUGAGGAUGAUGGUAAUGCAUAUGAUGGUUCUACUAGCGGUAUUUUACGUAAAGUGUCAACAUUAGGAUUUUUAAUAUGCUUAACUUUAUAUAUGGUUUAUGUAACUUAUUUCGCGGUGGUUUAUGUUAGAAAACCUAUUAGUCAACAACUUCAUGUUAUGCUAUUAUAUACCAGUGGAGCUUUGUUAUAUAUCGAGUUGGUAUAUAGAACAUUUAUUACCUUUGCUCAAGCCACGGAUUCUGCGAAUAGAUAUGAAUGGAUGAUUUAUGUAUUCGAGGCUAUGCCAGAAUUAGUAUUAUUAGCUAUUUUGGGUGGAAUCAUUUUGGGCGACUGGUUUUUUGAAGAAGCUCCGGAAACGGAUAAUGAAUCAAAGAUAAAUGAUCCAGAGAUUGGUACAAAUAAAUGGAUUUUAAGAAUAGUUCAAAGUGCAAAAAAAAAAACUAAUGC